GCACCGGCAGCGGCAGCAACGGCAGCACAGCAGCAGCGGGCUUGAUUUAUUAUUUAUUGUUCUGUCCCACGGUCACGUGUUCGGGGCGCCCUAUCCUCGCGUGGACAAUGUGCACCGCGCUCAACUUGCAUUAAGCGGCCACGGAUGGUGCACGACGAGGCGCAAUAUCACGCAAUGACACGCCGCGCGCGCCGCUUUGCACGAUUCUAACGUCGUCGUUCUUGAUUUUUGUUUUGUUUUGUCUUGCUUUUUGUCCCCUUUUCUUCUUCUUCCCCCUUUCUUUUGCUCUCCCCCAGCCGUCCCUAUUGUCGUCGUUGCCAUGUCGACGCUGAGCUACUACGCGGACGCCGGCGUCGUCCCCGAGCUGCAGGAGGACGCGCCGGCGAGGUUCCCGGUCUCCGCCGCAGGGGUGGAGCAGGCGAUGCUGGCCGAAUAUGGCGGCCAGGAAGCUUGCCCUUUGCAGAAAGCGUCCAUUUUCGGCCCCUCCUGGGCCCCCAUGGCGGCGCACCCGCCCUGCGCGACCGGCACCCCGACUUACAUCCACCAGCACUACACCGGCAGCGGGGAGGGCGACGGCGUGUUCUCGCGCUCCUGGGCCCUGGAGCCCGUAUCCGCGUCCCUGUGCCUGACCGGACUGCCGUCGGCGGCCGCCAUGCACUACGACGUCAAAGCGGAGCCGCUGAUCGGGGGCGGCGAGUGCACGACUCUGGAGACGCACGCGCCGCUCCUGUCGGACGCCGAGAGCGCCGCGGCCCUGCGGGCGGAGGUCCCCUGCGAGGGCACGUCCACGUCCAAGCCGUCCGUGCCGGAGAGCCCCUCGGCCGGGGAGGGCGGGGAGCAGCUGGACGCCGAUAACCCGUCGUCCAACUGGCUCCACGCGAAGCCCACCCGAAAGAAGCGCUGCCCCUACACAAAGCACCAAAUCCUGGAACUGGAGAAGGAGUUUCUGUACAACAUGUACCUGCCGCGGGACCGCAGGUACGAGGUGGCCAGACUGCUCAAUCUGACCGAGAGACAAGUGAAAAUCUGGUUCCAGAACCGCAGGAUGAAGAUGAAGAAAGACAACAAAGACCGGCGGAGAGACAGUUAA